CUUUUGUAUAAGCAUAUCAUAGACAUAUGAUCUAUCACUAGCAAUCUUCUAUAGUUAAAUUUUAUAUGGUGGGCAUGGAAGAAGGUAAAGAAGAUGGAUGGCCUGCUGAAGAUGGUGGUGUUCUUUACCAUAGGGUUCAUUUUGAAGAUCGAAUUACUGAUUUACCAAAAAAGUGUUGUCGACCAACGAUGAUGCACACUUAGACACUGAGUUGGCCAGACAUUGAACUUCUCUCAUCGGACGCAGCCAAAAUUCCGUAUUCAAUGCAACCAAGGAGAAGGCGGACGAUGAUAAUGUUGACGAGGAGAAAGAGGAAGAGGGAGAAGAAGAAGUCAGGAAGAACAGGAGAAGGACCAGAUGAGGUGGAGGAGAGAAUGAAGAAAAAUGGAAAAAAAUUAACAGGAAGAAGCCGCGAAUGAAGACAUAGAAAUAGAAUCAUGAAUUUAAC